AUGGCCAACCACAGCCUCUACGAUACGUCGCUUCCGCCGCUGCCGGCCUACUCGCUUGAGCCACGGCCUGAUCUGUUCCCUUGGAUCUCUGACCUCUGGCUGUCGCUGCUUCUCCCAGUUGCCGUCUACUGGGUGACGUCGCUCUUCUUCCACGCCAUCGACGUGCUCGACCUCUUUCCUCAGUUCCGUCUUCACACGCCCGAAGAAAUCACCCAGCGCAACCACGCGACACGCUACGAAGUUGCCCGCGAUGUCAUCAUCCAGCAGAUCAUCCAGGUUACAACAGGCUAUGCACUGGCCGUCACUGAGCCUCAGGAGAUGAUUGGCAAGGCUGACUACGACAUUGCUGUCUGGGCAACUCGCAUCCGCCUUGCCCAGCGUGCGCUGCCCGGUCUCCUCGGCCUUGUCGGACUCAAUGCCACCGCCAUCUCCAAGAGCAUGUCUGCUUCCUAUCCGCUCCUUGCUGGAGCUCUGGCUGGAGGCUACUAUCCCAUCUCUGAAACCGCCUCCAGCAGCGCCACCCCGUCCUUUACUGCCUGGGAACUUACCCUUGCAAAGGCCAUCUACUACGUCCUCAUUCCUGCCCUGCAAUACUUUGUUGCCAUCUUCAUUCUCGACACCUGGCAGUACUUCCUUCACCGAUUGAUGCAUGUCAACCGCUGGCUCUACACCACCUUCCACUCCCGACACCACCGUCUCUAUGUUCCAUACGCUUACGGUGCUCUUUACAACCACCCCUUUGAAGGCUUCCUUCUUGACACUCUCGGUGCUGGUAUCGGAUUCAAGGUGACUGGCAUGUCUUUGCUCCAAGGCACUUGCUUCUUUGCUUUCUCAACUAUCAAGACCAUUGAUGACCACUGCGGCUAUGCCUUCCCUUGGGACCCUCUUCAGCUCAUCACCAGCAACAACGCUGCCUACCACGACAUUCACCACCAGACCUGGGGAAUCAAAGCCAAUUUCUCCCAGCCCUUCUUCACCUUCUGGGACCAGCUCCUGGGAACCAAAUACAGUGGCAAGCGAAGCAACCGGCCAAGCGACAAGAAGCAGGCCGAAAAGGCCCAAUAA